ACAAAAAGUAGCACCUCGUUGACAGUUGAACAUGAAUACACUGCUGUCCGUCACACCUGGACUGUUGAGGAGUGAACCACGCGGCGGAUCUCAGUUAAUCCUGCUGAAGUGCUGACUCGGCACCUCUGAGCGUUUCAUUGCAUCAGCUUCAGCAGAUUAGCAACAAUCAGCUGCUGUGUUUACAAACAAAUGUUGUUGCUGUUCACCUGGUGGUGAGGACAAGGUUUCAAUCUCAUUAACACAUAAACACACACAUGCCGCCCGUGUGCCGGUCCGGACCUGACCUCAGGUCUCAGGUGUGGGUGUGGAAAUGGCUGUGUCACAUGACUCACUAACAUCCUCCGUCUUCUGAUCCUCGGACCUUUCUACAUCAACUCAUUCGCUUCAGACUGUGAGGCAGCAGGGGUUAAGGGUCAGCUCCUCUGAGUCUAGGGAACAGGUGGGACCGUGACCUGUGCUGCUGUGGUGGAGUGGGACGGGUGAAGUGAUCCUAGACUGAAGUUAGAAAGAAGCCACAAGUGAUCCUGACGCUGAUCUGGAUCGUGUGAUCCAAACACGUGGGGCCUGCACCCCCCCCCCCCGCUUCCCCCAUGAAACCCAAACCUGCUCAUUAAUCUAUUAAUCAAAGCCACUGAAGUGCUGAUUCAGAACCAAACUCUCAGGUGAUGUAAUCAGCUGAUCCUCACCAGACACGUGCAGCAACGCUCUGAGGGCGGUGACGCGAGAGCGCCUCAGUAGAUUAAAAAGAAAUGAACACAUUUUGAACCAGGAAGUGAUUCUGAACUUAAUCUGGUACUUUUUGAUGGUUGUUUGUUUUCCAUAGUGCUGUGCUGUUAUUGUGUAGUUGAUAACAAAGCUUUGGAUAUUUAUGAUGACAAUGUAGUUGAAAUAAAACAAAUAGUAUUCAUUGUAAAAAAAAUAUAUAUAUAUUUCGUGAUUUUAUCUUGUGUUUUUAGGUGCUGUUUUUUUCUUAAAUGUGAUUUAUUGCUGCUCCAACUAACAUUUCCUGUCUAUUUUACUUUGGAAAGCCAACGUUUUUUAUUUCCGGCUUGCUCGUGCAUCUCCGCGAGCUUGUCUCAGUAGGUGACGUCAUCGUUAGCGUCGCUAUACAGACUCUGACGCGGAUACAAAAUCGAGCGCAGCGCCGGUGUAAACACUCGGUGUCCCGACACCUUGAUACUCAGCGACCUGAACUCGAACUUUUUGUUGCUCGGAACUCGAACCCUUGGACCCUCCAGCACUCCGUAAGGUUCUAAAGCAGUUUACGGAGAGGCUGAGGGGACCGGUCGACCAACUCUAGCGGACCUAGCCCGCGAUGACGCCGCUGAGCUCGGCGUGUCGCUGCCGCCUCCGUCCCCGGUCCACUAGGACCGCUGAGAUGUGACCAGCAGUAAUGGACAUGGAGUAACCGGCUGCUUCCCUCGUGUUGCGGCGACAAUGAGUUCUGCUCCGGGACUCUUGUUGCUGCUGUUGCUCAGUGGCAGCGGUGCGUUCGGCCGGUCCGUGAAGGCAGCACGGGAGCUCCAGACAGGUACAGACAUACUGCAGCGCCCCCUGCUGGAAAAGACCCGUCCAUUUGCCCUGGUGGACGGUCAUAGGCGGCCCCUGACUGAAGCUCUGCAGGAUGGUCAUCCUGACACCCUGCAGUGUGGUCUGGAGGUCUGGGGCCGACUAUUCCUUCUGGACCUUGAGAAGAACCAUGACCUGCUGCCUAAACCUCCAAAUGUCUUCUACUACCUGCCCGAUGGCACAGGGGUGUCGAUGACAGCUGAGCCUUUGACUCACUGUUACUACCACGGCAGCGUCCGAGGUUUCCCCCACUCCCGGGUGGCGCUCAGCACCUGCUCUGGCCUCCGCGGCAUCAUCAUCAUCAACGACAGCUUGAGCUUUGAGUUAGAGCCACAAGGGGGUGACUACGGGGAGGCGGCAGCUGCUGCUGGCGAGGGGAGCGGAGGCAGCGGCCAUGCAGAAGACAACCUGGAUGUCCACCUGCUGUACUCCACCAACCCUCUGGAGGGCGCCAGGGCAGCAGGCUGCGGCGUCUCACACGGCCCUGUGCCCCCCAUUCACAGUUGGACCACAAAACGCAGGAGAAAGAGAGACAUUCUGUCCGAGACCAAGUACAUAGAGUUGGUGCUGGUGGCGGACCACCAAGAGUUUCUGAACUACCAGAAGAACAACCAGACCAUCAUCUACCGGAUGAUGGACAUGGCCAACCAGGUGGACUGGUUCUACCGACCACUGAACGUCCGCGUGGCGCUGACGGGCCUGGAGAUCUGGAGUGACCGAGACAAGAUCAUUGUGGAGAAGAACCCUGCCGACACCCUCAACAACUUCCUGGACUGGAGGACUCGAGAGCUGCUGCCUCGGCUGCGCCAUGAUAACGCUCAACUGGUCAUGGGUGAGGCGUUUGACGGCACCACGGUGGGGAUGGCAUCUCAGUCCUCCAUGUGUUCCAGAGACAGAUCCGGGGGAGUCAACGUGGACCACCUGGUCAGUGUUCUGGGCGUGGCUUCUACUGUGGCCCAUGAACUCGGCCACAACCUGGGGAUGAGCCACGACACGGCCGAGCGCCACUGCGCCUGCCAGAAUGAGCGUCGACUCGGCGGCUGCAUCAUGGAGCCGUCGACUGGGUUCAUGCCGGGGCAGCAGUUCAGCAGCUGCAGCGUGGCCGACCUGUCGGUCAGUCUGUUGCACGGAGGAGGCAUGUGUCUAUUCAACGUCCCGCAGCCGGAUCAGCUGCUGGGGGGACCUCGCUGUGGCAACCUGUACGUGGAGCGAGGAGAGGAGUGCGACUGCGGCCUGGUGGAGGAGUGUGACGACCGCUGCUGCAACGCCUCGACCUGCCGACUGAUCCCAGGAGCUCAGUGUUCCUCUGAUGGGAUCUGCUGCCAGGACUGCCAGCUCCGGGCCGCCGGCUCCAUGUGUCGUCAGCCGAUUGGGGAGUGUGACCUGCCCGAGUUCUGCACCGGCUCUUCCCCUCACUGCCCGGCCAACGUCUUCCUGCAGAACGGCGAGCCGUGUGAGAACGGCGCCUCCUACUGCUACGGAGGCGUCUGCGCGAGCAUGGACAGUCAGUGCCAGACCCUGUGGGGACCCAACGCCACCAGCGCUCCGGCCGUGUGCUUCUCUUCCGUCAAUAAACUUGGGGACAAACUGGGGAACUGUGGUCAGCUGGCCAACGGCUCCUACAUGCCGUGCUCCAACUCUGACGUGCACUGCGGUCGCAUCCAGUGUCAGGGAGGGAGAGAUCGCCCCCUGCUUGGCACCAACGCUGAGAUACUCACCACCGAAGUCACUUUCAACCACAGUAAACUGGUGUGUCGUGGAACCUUCUUCCACCUGGGAGACGACGUGUCUGACCCGGCUACUGUUGCCCCGGGUACCGCCUGCGCUCCUGGGAAGGCGUGUCUGGACCAGCGGUGCCAGGACGUAUCAGUGUUUGGUGUGGAAGAGUGUCACAGCAAGUGCAACGGUCACGGGGUGUGCAACAGCAACAGGAACUGUCACUGCGAUGUCGGGUGGGCUCCACCUGACUGUCGGUACUCAGGCUACGGCGGCAGCGUGGACAGUGGACCAGCCCAAGCUUCCGCUGGUUCUGACCCGGUCCGUGUGGCCUUGCUGGUCAUCUUUCUCUUCAUCCUGCCGGUGGUGCUGCUCUUCUUUGCCCUCCGGUUUCCUCGGUUUCGGCGGCGGUUGUUUUGUUUUGGAGCCGACGGUCCUGUCUAUAAACGCAGACAACACAACCGUGUGUCUAACUGUGACAGGUGGGACUCGGACUUGACACACCUGGACAGAACUCCGGUGACCGAGCGAGUGGACUGCAGGAACGGCGAACAGGUCCGGCCUCUCCGGUACCAGCUGAAGCCCCAGACGGACGCCCCGCCCAUGCUGCCCCUCAAAGAGGUUGACGAACGACCUGCUCCUCCCACUAAGCCACUCCCCCCUGACCCCGCCCCAAACCCACCGCCACAGUCUACUAAACACCGGCCGGCGCCGCCCACCAAGCCUCUGCCCCCCAACCCCCCCGCACAGCCGCUGGUCCUCCGUCCAGCUCCGCCCAGCAAGCCCCUCCCCCCCGACCCGGCCUCAACGGGACAGAUGUCUGCUCCGGUUAAACCUGCUGUCCCCAAGAAGCCGGCGGUGCUGCCGCCACCCCUCCCCCAGCCGCACGGCCCCGGGUCCAGACCGCAGCAGCUGACCGUCCCAGCAGUUGCCCCGUUGCACAGGCGACCUCCGGCUCCUCCUGUCAGGCCCGCCGCUGCUCACAGCAGAGCGGGUGGUGGCGGUGGGAGGAGUCAAAUGUCUGAAGAGCACUGCUGACGCCCACACCUGCUGACCGUGAGUCCACUGAGCUGUGAGACGUCUCCUGCUGG